AUGGACUUUAUGGAUUCGUUUGUACGGGAUCUCGAGGGACUUCUUGGUGUUAGCAAACCCGAAAUAUCUUUGGCGGAAAUGUGGCGCAAUAGUCCUCCACAAUCUGACGCAAACAUAGAACUCUCUGACUAUCUGGAAACUGCUGGAACACUACCGUAUUACAAGGACGCAUGUGCGAAACUAGACGAGGAACAAGCCAAUAAGACCACGCCAGAGACACGCGACGAAGGAUGGGAGCGCAUCUAUACAUACAGGAGGUGGCUUCUCGCCAACGUGUUCAAAGAUGGAACUAUAGUAGUUCUCCCUAUUGACAAAGGCAAACCCAGUAACCGAGAGAAUCCACCACCUCCCUUCACACUAUUAAGUGGUUAUCCUCCUCUCUAUCUAUCGCCAAUCGCUGGUACUCCUGAGGUUACUGCUCCGAUUGGUGAAAUCACAUAUUCUUCACAAACAAUACAGCGAGAGGAACCGCUUCUGAUUAGCGUUUUGGUUGUGUCUUGUCCAGAUACGGAUCUUGAUCGCAUUGAUCUUGUGCUUGAGGCUUUGAAGACAGGAGGAAAGCCUGUACAUGUUGCUGUCGGUAGGUCGAUUUUGGGAACUCAUCUCGAGAUAGCACUAGGGCUUGAUUUGUGUGCAAAUAGGGGGUCACAAUAUUCUAGCCAAUUGUAG